UUCUCACACAUCAAUCAAACCCAACCAAAAAAAAAAAAAUUUAAACUUUACAGACAGAGAAUUUUUUUUUCUCUAGAGCAGAAUCUGAGCGGUUCUUGGAAACCUUCUUACUAAGUUUAGCCCAAUCCUGUUCUCUUCUCCAUCGCAGAUUAUCCAGAUUCACAGAUCUACCGAUUUCAUUGUGUUCCUUCUCUGUCUCGAUUCCUGUUUUGUAGAUUGCUGUUGUUGUCGUUUUCGUUGUUCUGGGUUUGCUUUCCUUGGAUGUCGCGAGCGCAGAACAAGGAGUUUCAGGAAUGGUGGAACAAGCAGCGAGAGAGGAACCGCGACAUUUUCUCCGGCGACGUCUACUCCGCCGCCGGAGAAGACGACGCCUUAAUCACCGUUGAAAUCCGUACACCCGCCGUCGACCCGGAUAAGGAUCGGAUCCGGGCUCGGACAGCCCGACAGCUCUCGUGGCUCUACCUCCUCAAGUUCCAGCAACUCGCCGCCUCUGUCGCCUGGAUCGCUUCCUCCUUUGUCUACCUUGUUCGAACCGCGAACCGCCGCAUUGCCACCGAUUCUCCGCCGUCUCUCUCUCCAUCGCCGUCGUCCACGUCGGCGAGGCUGUACCGAGCGAUAAAGGGCUUCCUCGCCGUCGUGAUCCUCCUCCUAUGCCUCGAGCUCGCCGCGUAUUUCAAGGGAUGGCACUUCACUCCGCCGUCGGUGGCGUCGGCGGAAGCAGCGGGGGAGGUGGUCUACGCGCGGUGGCUGGAGAUCAGGGCGACGUACCUGGCGCCGCCGCUGCAGAGCUUGACCAAUGUAUGUAUAGUACUGUUCUUGAUUCAGUCGGUGGACCGUUUGGUGCUGGUGUUGGGGUGCUUCUGGAUAAAGCUCCGGCAGAUAAAGCCGGUGGCAGCUAUGGAAUAUCCGGCAACGGCGGUGGAUGAGGGAGACAGAGUGGAGGAUUAUCCGAUGGUUCUCGUGCAGAUUCCAAUGUGCAAUGAGAGGGAGGUUUACCAACAAUCCAUAGCUGCUGUCUGUAUCCUGGACUGGCCAAAGGAAAGAAUGCUUGUGCAGAUUCUUGAUGAUUCGGAUGAAUUAGAUGUUCAGCUUCUUAUAAAGGCAGAGGUACAGAAAUGGCAACAAAGGGGAGUCCGGAUUCUGUACAGACACCGUCUUAUAAGAACAGGGUACAAGGCUGGAAACCUCAAAGCUGCGAUGAACUGCGAGUACGUGAAAGACUAUGAGUUUGUCGCCAUCUUUGACGCGGAUUUUCAGCCACCACCCGAUUUCUUGAAGAAAACCGUGCCUCAUUUCAAGGGAAAUGAAGAUGUAGCCUUGGUCCAAACUCGGUGGUCCUUUGUGAACAAAGAUGAGAACUUGCUUACGAGACUACAGAACAUAAACUUGUCUUUCCACUUUGAAGUGGAACAGCAGGUGAAUGGUGUCUUUAUCAACUUCUUCGGUUUUAAUGGAACUGCGGGUGUGUGGAGGAUUAAAGCCUUAGAGGACUGUGGAGGAUGGUUAGAACGAACAACUGUAGAAGACAUGGAUAUCGCUGUCCGUGCUCAUCUUUGUGGAUGGAAGUUCAUUUAUCUGAAUGAUGUUAAGUGUUUGUGUGAACUCCCGGAGUCGUAUGAAGCGUACAAGAAGCAGCAAUAUCGCUGGCAUUCAGGGCCAAUGCAGCUGUUUCGACUAUGCUUCUUCGACAUUCUUCGUUCAAAGGUGAGUGCAGCCAAGAAAGCGAAUAUGAUAUUUCUCUUCUUCUUGCUGAGGAAGCUCGUCCUUCCGUUCUAUUCCUUCACUCUCUUUUGCGUAAUUCUACCACUAACCAUGUUCUUCCCGGAGGCCGACUUACCGGCUUGGGUGGUGUGCUAUAUUCCCGGGAUCAUGUCCAUCUUAAACAUCAUCCCGGCUCCGCGAUCAUUCCCAUUCAUCGUUCCGUAUCUCCUGUUCGAGAACACCAUGUCUGUGACAAAAUUCAGCGCGAUGAUAUCUGGGUUGUUCAAGUUCACGAGUUCAUACGAGUGGAUAGUCACCAAAAAGCUGGGGAGAUCCUCGGAGGCCGACCUGGUUGCGUAUGCAGAGUCGAAGCCUCUGGUAGAGAACCAGGGUCUUCAAAGGUCUUCGUCGGAUUCAGGCCUGACCAAACUAGGGACGGUGAAGAAAGCCGGGAAAGCCAAAAGAAACCGGCUGUACAGAACAGAGCUCGCCCUGGCAAUGAUCUUGUUGGCAGCUUCAGCGAGGAGCCUGUUGUCUGCGCAAGGGAUUCACUUCUACUUCCUCUUGUUCCAAGGAAUCACUUUCAUGGUAGUUGGGCUCGAUUUGAUUGGGGAGCAGGUCAGUUAGGGAACCGCCCUCGCUCGCCUACCCUGUCUGAAGAACAGAACUCGAGAUCAAGCCGCUGUUAUCCGAGGUGCCUGUCUCUUUCUUGAUUGGUUGAUGAUGCUCCGAUGAAUUACACAUACAUUAAGAUGUAGAUUUUACGGAUUUCUUCUUGCGGGAUAGGAAUAAAGACAGUAGGGUUUGAUCCGACACCUCGGGAAUUCGGUUAGCGGAGUCUUCAAAAGACUGAGGACGAUGAUCAGUAGGGAACUGAGGAUGUGUGAUGUGAUCUCCCUCCUUAAAUAUUCAUAGAGAGAGAGAGAGAGAGAGGGAGCAGUCAGGGCAUUGAAGGUUGUUUCAGAUUUGUACACUCUUUUGUUUUUUGUUGUUGGGUUUUGAUUGGGCAGUUGAGUGUUUAGGAUUUGAAGAGGGAGAGAUGCUCUGUUGUAUUGCAAACUGCAACACGGACACCAUUCUUUAAUACUGUUGUCUUUUUUUUUU